AUGAAAUCAGCCUUUGUUUUGCUGACUGCGUUGGUAGCCUUGACAGCCUAUUAUGUGUACCUGCCCUUACCCAGCACAGUGUCGGAUCCCUGGAAGCUCAUGCUGCUGGAUGCCACUUUCAGGGCAACCCAGCAAAUGUGCAACCUGGUUCACUGUCUAAGACUCAGCCAUCACUUGAGAGUUCUGAAUUAUGUGAUUGGUACUUUUGACAAGCUGGAGCCCUCGUCCUCUGAACACAUUAAGAUAACAGACGCCCUUUUUGAUGGAGUGGAAGUCAGAGUGUUUGAACCGUCUCCAAAGCAAGACGAAACACUAAAGCGCAGUGUCGUUUACAUCCAUGGAGGAGGAUGGGCUUUGGCAAGUGCAAGAACAAGCUUCUAUAACAAUCUCUGCAGGAUCAUGGCAGAAUCUCUGAAUGCUGUAAUUGUCUCAAUUGAGUACAGGCUGGUACCAGAGGUUCAUUUCCCUGAGCAAUUCCACGAUACUUUACGUGCAACGAAGUAUUUUCUGCGGUCUGACAUCCUAGCUAAAUACUCAGUUGACCCAGGUCGAAUUGCAAUUUCUGGUGAUAGCGCAGGAGGAAAUUUGGCUGCUGCUGUGUGCCAGCAGCUUAGUCUAGAUGACAGUGUGACCAACAAACUGAAGCUGCAGGCUUUAAUCUAUCCAGUCCUUCAGGCAUUGGACUUUAACACUCCUUCAUACCAGCAGAACACUGACAUGCCUGUUCUUCCUCGCUUCGUCAUGGUGAAGUUUUGGAUAGACUAUUUCAAUGGUAACUAUGACUUUGCCUCCUCAAUGCUGAUCAACAACCACACUUCCCUGGACGUAAGCCAGGCUGUUUAUUUCAGGGGACGUCUGAACUGGACUUCUCUCCUGCCUUCGACGUUCAAAAAGAAUUACAAACCUGUGAUACAACCCACAGGGAAGGCCGAAAUCAUCCAGGAAAUACCUGCACUACUUGACAUACGCGCAGCUCCAUUGCUUGCAGAAAAAGAAAUUUUCCAGCUUCAGCCAAAGACCUACAUCCUGACUUGCGAGAAUGAUGUCCUGAGAGAUGAUGGAAUAAUGUAUGCCAAACGGUUGGAGAGCACAGGUGUGGAGGUCACACUUGAUCACUUUGAUGACUGCUUUCAUGGCUGCAUGAUCUUUACUAUUUGGCCUACCAAUUUCUCUUCAGGACAUCGGACCAGGGACAGCUACAUAAAGUGGCUUGCUGAAAACCUGUGA